AUGGCUUCUAAAAUAUAUUGUAUAUCCUUUAAUCAGGAUGAUUCAUGUCUUGGCGUGGGUACAGAUAACUCAUUUUCUAUCUUCAACUGUGAACCAUUUGGUCGAUGCUUCAAUAAAGACAGCGAUGCAAAAAUAGUUGAGAUGCUUUUUUCAACACCCCUUGUUGCAACAGUUGGUUUGGGAUAUAACUUAUCAUCAUCAUCGAAGAAGCUCAUCAUUGUUAAUACUAAAAGAAAAUACGUGAUAUGUGAAUUGAGCUUUCCAUCAACUGUUUUGUUUGUUAAAAUGAACAGAAAGCGACUUGUUGUUGCUAUUUCAGGGCAGAUAUAUAUAUAUGAUGUUUCUUGUAUGAAACUACUCCAUAAGAUAUCCAUACCGCCUUUUGAUGGUCCAUUUAUUGCCGAUAUGUGUCCUGCAGAUUCAUCUAUUUUAGCAUAUUGCCAGACAUCCGACAUGGCUAACACAAAUUCACAGUCUCCCACCUCUUUAUCCUUGCAUUCAAAAUACUCUAAUCUAGAAAAUUCUGCAUCAGCUGCUUCUUCUUCAGCAGGAUCGUCUGCCAAUCAGCAGCAAGAAAAUCAACUUUCGGAAUAUGUUGGUACGCAUCUUCAUGAAGAUAAAAGCCAAGGUGCAAUUAUGCUUUUUGACGCGUUGAAUCUUCAACCGUUGAAUAGAAUUCAAUGUCACAAAUCUCCCCUUCGAACAAUAACACUUUCAAAAGAUGGAAGUUUGAUUGCAACCGCUUCUGUCAAAGGUACCAUUAUUAGAGUUUUCGCAUCGGACAGUGGACAAAAAGUUUACGAGUUUAGAAGAGGGACAUAUUCUGCCCAUAUAUCAUGCUUGAGAUUUAACUCAGAUAAUUCAAUUCUUGCAUGUUCCUCAAAUACAGGUACUAUUCAUCUUUUCAGGCUUGAUCAUCGGGAUAGAUUAAAUCGAGUGCCUGGAAAUGAGGAUUCAAAUAGAAGCAAUCCACAAAGUACAAAUGAUAUAUCUAUUAGCACCAAUGAUGGUAUCAUUGCAAAUAGUUCUCUUCCAAAUAAAGGUGAUGAUCAAGAUACUGAUGAGCAGAGCUUUCCGUACAAAGCAGUCAUGACCGAUGAAGAGAAUUAUGAAAUUGAAAACUUGAUAAGAAGUCGACUAAGCAUGCCUUCGGCAUCCGGAACGAAGGAUGAAAAUUCGAUUACGCAUAAGCUAUUUAACAAGGGAAAACAAUCUACAAAGGCAUUAAGUAGCUUCCUAUGGAAGCGGUCUAAAAAUUACAUUCCGCCACAGUUUAAUUCAAUAUUUGAACCCGCGAGAGACUAUGCAUAUAUAAAAUUGAGCAAGGAAAUUCCAUCGGUUGUUUCUGUAGUCGACAACAGUUGUUUUAUAGCAACAUUUGAUGGUGAGUUUUUAGUUUAUCGUAUUCCUUCAAAGUACACCACUCAUUCACAGCGAAGAUCUCCAGGCGGCCGCGUUGUUUCGGGACAGGCUGGAUCCAAAGAAUGCGUUUUACUUAAGGAAUAUAAAUUAAUUUGA